CCUAAAAAGGUUCCAUCCCCCACCUUUUUCCAAAACCCAAAAGCGGGACAUGAAGGUUUUGAAACUUUCUUGAAGAAAUCUAGAGAAAUUCUUCCCCCAAAUUGGAGACUAAAAGACUAUGGAUUCUUCUCGCCUAUUCAAUCUUCUCCUCCUCCUCCUCUGUUUCGCCGGUGCCGUCGCCGUCGCCGCAGAAGCAGGAUCAACGCGCCGCCCUGGAUUUCUCUUCUCAAGAACCAGAGGAAGAUGCACUGCACAGUUCUGGAGUAGCGGGAGAGAGGCUUGGCCGCGGAUGGCGCCGGAAUCGGCGACGGUUGCGAAGAUUUUCGGAUCGAGAGCUCAUGAACGGUACGGAUCUGAGAUGACGUUAAUGGAAGCGGCGGCUGCAACGGUGGCGGCGGCGGAUGAAGAAGAGGAGGCGUUCGGUAGAGUAGUGAAGGAAGCAACUGUAGCAUUGUUGAAUUCGUAUGCUAGAAGAAGGGAGUUUCCAUAUUCGGCUUGGGAAGUGAAGACAUUGUUCAUCAAAGCAUUGGUUUCUAAAGAGGCCGCUGUUCUUCAGUCUCGACGUUUUGCUUUUGCUAAUGAGUCUUGUAAUUAGCUACUAGUCUCAUGAGACAAUCGUUAACCGUCGUUUGCUUUAUUAAGGUUUAGGAGUGCUCGGGAUAGAUAAAUGUUGGAGGAUUAGAUGGAUUGUCUCGCCAAACAAGUUGAUAAUCUUUAUCAAUAGAUAGAUGUUUGACCAAGUUUGUAAUUGUUGCUGUAAUGAUUUGUGUUAUAUCAAAUUAACGAAAAAAGCCAAAAGCGUAAAGUAUAAAAGUUGCUACACAA